AUGCCUUCUGCAAAGCCCAAGGCCAAAGAGUCAACAAAAGCUGAGAAACUCGCCUGUCUCGAAGAGGUGAAGGCUGAGAGAGACCUGCUCCAGCAGCGAAUCGAACUUCUCGAGAAGGCAUCGAACGACCGCAAGGCCCAGGAUGCCAAGAACCUCGAGUUUCUUGAAAACCAACGCAACAAUCUGUUGACCAACUACCGGGGCUACAAGGCUGAUAAUAGGGUCCUGACAACUACCGUCAACGCCCUCGCCCGGGAGAAGGAGAGUCUCGAGGCCAAGCUCCGCAACGCGACUCGUGGCCACCCUGGCGACUUUGAUGACAUCAAGCGAAGCUUGGCAGCUUCUGACAAGCAGAACCAAGAGCUGCGAGGCAAUGUGGCCGACCUCACGUCCAUGAACAGACAGCUGGAGAAGCGCGCCAACCGCCUCGCUGGCGAGAGGGACGACCUCAUCCGGAAGGUCGAUCGCCUCAGCUACGAUCUUGACGAGGCCUAUCGUAGCUACAACGUCAACGUCACAGACAUAAGAGGUGGAUUCAAGUCAUUGGAUGAUCUCAUUGAGGAGAACAAACAGCUUCACCAUCAGUUGAAGGAUGAGCAGCAUGCUCACAAGAAGACCAAGGCAGAGGCCAACCAGGUCAAGGCUACCGAGAAUCGUCGCAUCAAGCAGCUCGAGGAGCGACUUAGGGAGGUCGAAGUCAUGAAGAGCUACCUAGAGGAUGAGCUGGAUGCCUCCCAGCAGGAGUGUAUCCAUCUCAAUUCCAAGGUUACGCGAGGCUGGCUUGUGUAUCUUUGA